AUGACGUUCUCUAUAAGCUGCAUCAUAGUAGGAGCGGUAUCUGACCUAGCAGCCAUACUGUCGAAAGAAAGACGGCUCAUUUUUCCGGCUUACUUUCCUUGGGAUCAUAAGAAAUCUGCAUUGGCUUACCACGCAAGCAACACCUACCAAGUUCUUGGACUUUACGCACAAAUUUAUCAGGACAUAUUAUGUGAUACGUAUCCGGCAACAUUACUUUGGUUGCUGAAAGGUCAUUUAAGGGUUUUAGGAAUGCGCGUUAAGAAAAUUGGAUAUAUUCCCGAAAAAUCACUAGAAGAGAAUUACGAAGAAUUGGUGGAAUGUGUUAAGGAUCAUCAGACUUGCUUCGAGUUCCACAAACUCUGUCAAAAUGUAAACUCCUGAAUCAUGCUGCUGCAGUUUGCCUCAACUCAGGUUAUUCUUUGUACCGUCGGUUAUUUUCUCUGUAUGAUACAGGAGAUAACCUUCUGCUGUUACUGUGGAACCGAAUUGAUGGAAGAGAGCCUCGCAUUCACAGAGGCUUUGUAUUCAUGCAAUUGGAUGGACCAAAAUACGAAAUUCAAACAGAUUCUUAUCACAUUU